UUAAGCAUAAUUUAAAUAAUGGGGAAAUCCGUGCUCGUAAUUGAUUUAAGUAGCGCGGCACAGCAUUUGCAUAAUUUUCCCUGGAAGCCUGGAAAAUUCGCUCUUCCAUGGCAGCAACAAGUGCCAUUUCGUCUGUGUGUGCCUGUUUGAUGGCUGUGUGUGCAUCGGGUGCACGCGUGCGCAUGUGUGUGUUCGUGUUGUGAACUUAAAUGGACAAGUUAGAAUCCACAUUCCACAACAAUGGCCAAGAAGGAGAAACGGCCGCUGAUCUAUUAGUUUCUGGGCAAAUUUCAAAAUAAUUGCACUGUGCAACUGUUGAAAUUGAUGUGCAGAGCAUUAUAUUUGUAAUUAGGUUGUGCAGCAUCUGAUGCGUCCAAAUACAAAUUUCGAAUUUGGUGAAAUCAAUGCGUAGAAAGUGAAUCGCAAGGCUUACGCAAAAGUCGGGGGGAAAGUGAAAAGCUUCGGAAAAGUGGACUUACCAAAAAAAAACACCAAAUCUACUUGGAUACUGAGUUCGCAAUUGCGUUUUUGACUGCAGUCUACCUGUUUCCUAAAUCGCGUGCCUCUGCUACUGCAGUCAGCUGACCGACCGGAGGCAAAGCGAGAGCUGGAACGCACACCUGGGCGAACGUCGGCGCCCACCUGCCGGCUUAGAUGCGUCUAAUCCAAACGGCAACCGGCGGAGCUGCUGCGACCGUUCUGCAGUCGCACUCCCAGUCGCAGUACAACUACACCAACAUGCGUGAAGAUGAUAUCGAGCUGGCCAUUAAAGUGGUCAUUGUGGGAAAUGGCGGCGUGGGCAAAUCGUCGAUGAUUCAGCGCUACUGCAAAGGCAUAUUCACCAAGGACUACAAAAAGACAAUCGGUGUGGAUUUCUUGGAACGACAGAUCGAGAUCGACGGCGAGGAUGUGCGCAUUAUGCUGUGGGAUACUGCCGGACAGGAGGAAUUUGACUGCAUCACCAAGGCCUACUAUAGGGGUGCCCAGGCCUCCGUGCUCGUCUUCUCCACUACAGAUCGAGCUUCGUUCGAGGCGAUCAAGGACUGGAAACGCAAGGUGGAGAACGAGUGCAAUGAAAUACCCACGGUGAUUGUCCAGAAUAAGAUCGAUUUGAUCGAGCAGGCAGUGGUCACCGCUGACGAGGUGGAGACACUGGCCAAACUGCUCAACUGCCGCCUGAUACGCACCUCCGUCAAGGAGGACAUCAAUGUGGCGUCCGUUUUCCGCUACCUGGCCACCAAGUGCCAUCAGCUAAUGACACAAAGCUACGAGCAGGCUGCCGGAAACCAGCAAAACUCCAGCCAUCCGCCCUACAGUAGCAGUACGCCCACAAUCAGCGCCUUCAGUCCAACCUUCACCAAGUCCAGUAGCGGCACGAUUGUGCUUCGCCCGGCCAAAAAGGGUCAUGGAUCUAGCGUGGCACGGAAGCGCAAAAUAGUGCUAAAAAAAUGCGGUAUAUUGUGAGGAAGGAGCAUAGUUAACGGACCAGGUGGAUGGAUGGAAGCGACAGUGAUGGCAAAUUAAUAACUGGAGCAUAUUUAACGCCUAAUUAUUUUGGAGCUUAAUAAAGUCGUAACCGAGGUGGCCAGUCAACCGUUGGAUGCAACCACAGCCAUUCACUAGUCGUGCACAGACUCCGACUCCGCGUGAUGUGGUUCAGACAUGCUUACGGAGCCAGCAAAUAUAAUAUGAGAGGCAGCAAAGUGGAUCUUCGAAGUGGACUACGAUGAAGUGGGGAUACUCUUGCACCGAGAGAAGCUUAAUAUAUAUUUUUAUCUAUAUAUACCGGAUAAAAUAAUGUUUAUCGUUCUCGUUUAGGGCAAAGACUGUUGUCGGGCCGGUUCCGAUUUUAAAUAUUCUCAAAGCAAUAUCUCAAAAUGUGGUUUGUCGUGGUUUGUUUUAUUUAUGUAUAUGAAUAAUGGUGUUUGAUUAUACAAAAUUGCGUUGAACCUACAAGAUGCCCAUAAGAUUGGCCAAAACCUGUUAAUAGUUACCGAUAUUCUUUUUUCAUAAAAUCAUGAUAGUGCAGCUUUUGUAUGUUUAAAAUACUCAUUAAAAUACACUUCCAACAAGACAUUCAGAGAAGUAAAAAAAAUACAAGAGUCUAUAGACUAUUUACAAGCACAAGCAAGCACUAGCUUCUUAAAUAAAUUGGACUAAUUAGAUAUAGAUGUGAAAUUAAAGAUGCCCACUUUUGUAUAACGGAGAAUGAUGCUGCAGCGUUGGCUUUUAGUCGAAUAUGUAGUAUGUACAGGUAUAUAAACUAUGUGGUUGUGCGGGCCUAAGCUUGCCCAACGAAGCACAAAUUAAAAGGCUAAUUUAUCACGCUAACCAAAACCCAGCAGAUAUCCAUGUGAAAUCCCUUCGCCAAUUUGCUUUUGGACAAAUGUGCAAUUAAUUAUGCAGCUUAUAUACAUAUAUAUAUAAUUAUUAACUGCUUGCGAGAGUCAUGUCAAAGCGCAAUUUGACUCGAUUUCAAGUAUAUAAAACAAUAUUCGCGUUCUAUGCAAAGUUAAAUGACGACAGCAUUCUCAUGCUUCUGAGAUACAUUCAAAAAGGUGUCCAAAACUUGCAAUUAUUUAUUUUUAUGUUGCUAAUUACGGAAGACAACAUUCAUAACAUCAGACUAUUGGACAAAUUUUUAGUGGAUCUCAUUGAGAUUCCUGUAGCACCCUUGAAUAUCAGCUCAUAGGAGAGUAUAUAUAAAUAAUCCUAAGCACAUAAUUACUAAAUACUCUAUUUAUAAAUGUAUUAUUUUAUUUAAAUCAACUAAUAAAUUAUUCGUGUAUAAAGUAAAUAAAC